CUUGUCGUCCGAACAGAUCUUGGCAUGACAAAAGGAAAGAUUGCUGCUCAGUGUGGACAUGCAACAUUAGCCUGCUAUAAGGCUGCCAAAAAAGUGAACCCAGAGAUCUUACGUGCUUGGGAGUAUUCUGGACAAGCAAAGGUUGCACUCAAGUGUGAUAGUGAAGAAAAACUUUUGGAGUUACAGGCCAUUGCACUUAGUCUAGGCUUACCUGCCCAGAGUAUUAGAGACGCUGGACGCACACAGAUUGCAGCAGGAUCUCGCACAGUAUUGGGUGUUGGUCCAGGACCAGCCGAACUUAUCGAUCAAGUUACUGGUCAUCUGAAGCUUCUUUAA